AUGCAAUCGGACUCACAAGGAGAAAUCAUCGUGAAUCCAACAUAUCAGGCAUGGUGGUGAUAAGAUCAGUAGGUGCUUUCCCUAAUUGUCUCCUCUCUCUUAGAAGGAGUGCUUCCCUACGUCAUCGAGAAGAACACAACAAAGGAUGUGUGGGAGACGCUUUCCAAGAAUUUAUCUUCUAUUAAUCCAUCAUGCAUUGUGCACUUGCAUAAUCACCUCCACAAUAACUUGAAAUGUACCAUAUCAAUUGGUGAUUAUGUGCAGGAAAUUAGGCGCACAUGUGAUGAAUUGGUGGCUGCUAGACAUCUAAUUCAAGAAAUUAUGUCAAUUUAUGCUUUACUCAGAGGUCUUGGUCCAUCCUAUGCAGCAUUCAAUGCUAGCAUUACGUCUAAUCUGCAUAAUCUAUGCUUUGCGGAUGUCGUCACUCAAAUCUAUUCACAUGAUGAGCUGGUCACCUUCUCAAAUCCUUCUAGAGAUAUCGUAGCUUUGGAAUUUCCUCCCACAACAAAUCAAACUCAAUUUAAUGUACCGGAUCAUGGUCAAAGGAAUUUGAAGGGUGAAAUAAUAAAGAAAAAGGGCAUAAUAGAGGUAGAUACAAGUCACAGUGCCAAAUUUGUGGACAAUUUGGUCACCAAGUCCAAGAUUGCCACCAACAGUUCAACAAGAAUUUUUUCGAAUGUCAAAAUUCUUCUAGAUCCUCAUAACUAGCUCCACAAGCCUAUAAUAUGAGUAUGCAUCCUCAUCCAGCUCCGCUAGAAAACUCAGCAUAAUAUUCGAACAACGGAACUACUCAUCAUGUUACUCAUGAUCCACAAACACUAGUGGAUUUAGAACUCUACCAUAGAAAACGAACAACUAGAAGUCGAAAAUGGAUCAUGUCUGUCCAUUCCAUCUACUAGUUAUGUAUCUUUGUUAUCAAGUUCAUAUCCUCUAAAGCUUGUUAACAUCCUACAUGUUUUGGAAAUUUAAAAAAAUAUGUUGUCUAUUUUUCGCCUCACUAAUGACAAUAAUGUUUAUAUUUAAGUUUUAUGCUGAUCACUGCAUUGUGAAGGACAAGGCAACUAGGACUCCACUCCUUAGGAGAAUAUUUAAAGAGGGACUCUAUCUUGUCAAUUGAUCCAAUAAUCCGAAGACUUAUCUCGGACAAAAAGUGGCCUUCAACAUGUGGCAUCAAAGGCUUGGCCACUUGAAUUUUAAAAUUCUUCAUCACAUAAUCACUGUUCAUGAACUUCUUACUUUGGCAUUCAAUAAAAAUUUAGUAUAUGAUGCAUGUCUCUCUUCUAAAUCUCACCGACUAUCAUUCUCAAGUUUUUGAAGCAAUCGAGUAAACCUCUCAAAUUGAUCCAUUGUGACUUACGGGGACCUUCACUCACAACAUUACACCUCGGUCAUUAUUAUGUUCUAUUUGUGGAUGACUUCUCAAAGUAUACAUGGCUUUAUCCCUUCAAAGCCAAAAGUGAGGUUCUAUAGACCUUUGUAGAUUUUCAAACUCAAGUGGAAUGACAAUUCAAUCUGAAAAUUCAUCAUUUUCAGUUAGAUUGGAGACAAAAAUAUCAAUCCUUGAACAAACAUUUGAAGCAAUAAGGAAUAAUUCAUAGAGUGUCCUGUCCACACACCCUAACUCAAAACGGUACAAUUGAAAAAAAGCAUUGGCAUCUAAUUGAGACUACUCUAUCUCUGUUCAAAUAUUUAUACCUUCCACAUAUGUUCUAGGAUGAAGCAAUCUACACAACUAGUUAUCUGAUCAAUAAGAUGCCGACACCUCUAUUAGACUAUAAAUCCUCUACUGUCUGAUUUUUAAUUGACAACUUGACUAUCAUUUCUUAUGAAAUUUUGGUUGUUUAUAUCAUCUUUAUCUUCGCUACUAUGUCGACAACAAAUUAAACUCAAGAUUUAAAAGGUGUGUAUUCAUUGACUACAGUGCUUUCCAUCUUGGGUACAAAUACCUCUCCCUAUCAUCAGGUUGUUUAUACAUCUCACGAGACAUUAUUUUUCAUGAAAAUAACUACCCUUAUGCAGAGAAGACCGUCAACAUUUAUCCCUCCACAAAGCCCUCCCACAGAAUUAUGGGUUCUCAUCUAAUUGUCAUACCCAUAACCCAACUUCCACCAUCUAUUUUUCUUGAUCCAACUCUAGCCAUAUCAAACCUAAUUGACUCAUCCCAAUCUCCACAUUCACCACUUGGGCCCACAAUUGACCUUGACACAUCCAAUUCCUCAUCUCCUCCAUUAGGGCACAUUCCUUCUGAUGAUCCCUUAUCACCAUCAAAUCUUGACCAUCAAUCAUCCCCCUCAUGUAUCAAAACCAAGCCUCUUACAAACAUUCUUCAAUCACUUGAUUCGGCCAAACCCAUCAAAUACCCUCCUCCCAAGUGUUUUUCCAUUACCUCAGCCCAAUGUAUUGAGCCCUAGAACUUCUCCUCUACUUACAAACAAUCUCAUUGGGUCAACGCGAUGA